AUGGGCUACGAGCUGUGGCUGCGGCUGCCGGACGAGGCGCGCUCGCUGCCGCCUCCGCCGCUCCUCAACGGGGGCUCGCUCUACAUGGCCUUCGUCGGCUGGGCCGUCGCCUUGGUCUCCAACGCCAUCCACCACAGGCCCAUCCUGGGGUCGGGUAUCCCCAGACAACUCUAUGCUGCUUCUGUGGGAUUUUAUGUCGGCCAUUACCUGACCAGGCGAGCAGCUUACUGCAACGCUAAAAGAGACCGAGACAUGGCCGAUUAUAUCCGGCGUCAUCCCGAGGAUUUUAAGGCCACGGAAAAGAAAACCAUGGCAGAAGUUCUGGAGAAUUUCCACCCCAUUCGCUGA